GUCUAUGACUAAUAGCCAGGUCAACGAUGAAAAAAAAAUUAAUUUUAUUUAUCUCCCUAUCACCGCGAUAACAUCUAUUGCUACACAACGGAAAAAGAGGGUAGGUAUUACAAUGGAGUCAUCCCAUUUAUUAUUACAAAGUGUCAACGAUACAUUCUCACGAACCAAUGCCAAACCACAUGCGCUGUUGACAGGCACAACACGUUAUUAUUUUUUUCGUAUCAAUUAAAUAAUGACGAAGGCUACUGAUCUUAAAUAGGUCAUUUUCUAUGUUACACGGUAUAACCGCAUAUUUGGAAAUAUACCCCUUGCUAUUUGUUACCUUUAUUCCCUCCUUUUUUUUUUUUUUUUUUGAAAUUUAAAUGAACACUCGACCCCAAAAAUAUACUGUAGCCCAGAUCCCUGCAAGGUACAUUACGUAUUUGCAUACAGUAUGCGCUUCUAGUGCAUUUUUAGUUGCAUUAGUGGUUGGUUGUUAUACACAUUAUCACAAGAUUGUACAAAAUGAAUACUUUGGAUAUCCUGAGGAAUGGUUUCCCAGUGUAAGUGCAACAACUGGAGAUCGUUACCCGGCGCGUGCAUUAUUUCAAAUCUUGAUUGCGUUGACUGCAGGCCCUCGAUUUGCGCUUGUACUUUUAUGGUAUGUUUGUUCUAAUCAAUCCAGCAAAACCUUGUUGUCAAUAGGUCUUAUUCGUAAUAUUGCUUGUGGUGGCUGGGUUUUCAUUACGUCAACAGACGAUCAUCGUAUCCACAAUAUUGCUAUGAUUAUCUAUGUAUUAUGUACUUUACCUUGGCAACUGGGUGUAUUAUACACAUCACCCAAAAACCACAUCUCGGUAAAGCGAAGAAAAUAUCUAACAACUUUAUUUUUUGGAACCUUGCCUCCCAUGAUUUAUUACUUUGUGCAACAUAAAAUCCACCGCAUUCCAGGAGCUUACACGACGUACGCUUUCUUCGAGUGGUCAUUGAUAAUCUAUGAUAUUGCUUUUGACGCGGUGACUUCUUUGGAUUUCGAAAAAUUUGACGUGAAAGUAACACGUAGAAAGACUGACGAAUGGCAAAAAGAAAAGGAGAUUGUUUAAAAAUAAAAUAAAUUCAAAACGUUGUGUGCCACUCGGUGGCUCAUGUCACUUUGUGCUACUACACUACAUCAAAGAAAGCCUACAGGUACAUUAUUAGUCAUGACAUCUUUUUCGACGUUACUUUCACUUGUAGAAAUUGCGGAAUUAUAAUACAAAAAACCCCACAUUGAUAAAUGACUAACAAUGACAACGAAUGUUCCACAAUCCUGAAAGUUAACCCGUGUCAACGUUUCAAACUGAGUAAAUAUUUAGAAAAAUUUCAAGUGAUGAACGUGAGACUAAAGCAUCACUCAAA